AUGGGACAUAAAUACAAGAAACCAGCAAAGCCCUCCGUCGCCAAUGGUGGCAGACAUCGCUGUCCUCAAUGCCGCAGGACCCCCACAGCCUCCUGCUUUGGCCACCAUCUCUUCAUUUGCAAGAAACAUCCCCGGCAAUGCUACACCAGGAUCAACCCUUGUCAGCUGUGCGAGGGAGAAGAACGGCGCCAAGCCGAAGCCGAAAAGAUGAAGGCAGCCCAGGCCAAGGCUCUUGAAGAACAGCAGAAGGCACAACAGAAGGAGGUGGCCCGGCAGAAGUUCAAUCGGAAGAGCAGGUGGACAGAUACGCAGAAGGCCGGAAGAAUGACGGCCAUGCGUGCCAAGUCCGGCUGA